CCUGCUGGCUAUUGCCGUUAUCGAGAUGCUCUUACUUCUGCGGAGCCGCGACACGUUGGUAAAUGUUCGGUAAUCAAGUACCGUAGAUAGGUGUAUCGCCAGCUUCGUUGUUAACCUGAUGGAUUUGUUCAGCGAUCUUCCCGAACCAGAGGAUGUUUCUAAGCCGAUUCGGCGAGACCCGCCGGCGAAGGAGAUCAGCCACAGAGUUGUUCGAGCGGCGGCGGACACGUUGUUCGCCGACCUGCCUUCUCCGUCGUCAAACCCUCAACUACCACAAGCUGCGACGUUAGCAGCGGCAAAGCGACCGCACGAUGCCGUCGACGAGGACAACUCGCAAAAUAAAAGGCCAGCUCCAAGUGCUCUCGCGCUGCACGGAUUUGUCGCAGAACGCAAAGGAGAGCGGGACGAAAUGCAGGACUCGCACGUCAUUCAGGAUGCGUUCCACGCAGAAAUCCCGCACUUGCACGGUUCCAUACGUCGCCUGUCCUACUAUGGAGUGUUUGACGGGCACAACGGCUGCCGAGCGUCUCGGCACGCUGCCCAGUACCUGCACCGGCACUUGGCUGCCCGAUUCCCGAAGGGUACUUCCCUCCCCAUUCUUGCGACCUCGCCUCGGCCUUUGUUUAAGCUAGACGGCCCCCAAGGUGACAUGGAGCACGUCGAAAAGGAAAUCAAGCGAAGCAUCAUGGAGAGUUUCAAGAAGACGGACGAGGAUUUCCUGAGGAGGGCGGGAAGUUGCAAACCCUCGUGGAAAGAUGGCACCACGGCCGUCACGGUGGUGGCCAUCAACAACACCCUCUACAUUGCCAACCUCGGGGACAGCAAGGCCAUCCUGUGCCGAUACAGUGCUGCAACCCAGAAACACAUCUCCGUGCCCCUCAGCAAGGACCACACGCCGACAGAGUAUGCGGAGCGGAUGCGCAUUCAGAAAGCCGGAGGUCAUGUCAGGGACGGCAGGGUGCUGGGGGUGCUGGAGGUGUCUCGGUCGAUAGGGGAUGGCCAGUACAAGCGCUGCGGGGUGAGCUGCCUACCCGACGUGAUGCGCUGCCAGCUCACAGAAGCGGACCGCUUCCUCGUGCUCGCCUGCGACGGACUCUGGAAGGUCUUCACCUCGGAUCAGGUCAUUGCAGCCGUGCUGUCGGUCCUCGAGGAUGACUCUUUGGUGGCCGAAGGCGACGAGAAGAGGCUGCUGGAGCUCCGCUACGAGGCAGCAUGCAACAAACUGGUCAACGAAGCCGUGCGCAAGCUCAGCGGAGACAACGUGACUGUGGUCAUCGUGCAUAUAGCAAGGGACAAAUGAUGGACCUCCUCUCAUGGCAGCAUUUGACUUUAAAAGGAAAAAGCAGAACGCUGUUUCAAGUCGCAUUGAAGCGAAGACGACGGAAGAUUUUGAAACGACCGCUCCUUCGCCUAGCUUGCUUUGUUUUACAGCCUAUGUGUUGCUCCUUCAUUUCUCUGACUUCCUCCAGUUCCAUACUUUAUUGUUUUAUAUGGUGUCACGAGGCAGCCUGUUUGAUCUUAGCUCCGUCGUAAAUGUUGUUGACUUUGCAUUGCCUCUGACCUCCCGAUGACACCUGCAGCUCGCCUGGAGUAAGAAAUGCAGGCCAUGUUCGAGCGAACGGUAGGCUCGUUCGAUUUACCUGCACCUCAUGCAUCGGUCUAGAUUUUAUGUAUGCCGGUGUACACAACCUCGUUCCAUAUAGGAGACAAAGCCCGUCUUUAAACGCAAACCUGAAAUACGCCGUCUUGCACUUUUCUGCCCGGAAUAGGUUGAUGUAGGGACGUCGAAAGAGCCUGUCGUCCGCACGAAACUUUGCGGUUUGUCGCCCGUGUGCUGGCACUAAGCCGUGCCGAGAUAUUCCUCUAUGAAGACAAGUGCACACUUCUCUCAUGGCCGCCAACGUGUGAUACACAAUAAACAGUUGGAUAUCAUU